CUCUAAUUACUCUUACAUCCAAAUUGUGGCGCUUACCUCUGUAUUAUUAUCAUCUCCUACUUCCAUAGUUGUUUGAUUGAAAUCUCCUCUGAACAUGAAUCACAAAAGUCCACCACUCCUUCUCCUUGUAGUUGUUUCCUCUUCCUUUCUCUUCAUCCUCUUUUUGGGGUUUUGCACCUCCAUCGAAGGAAGUGAGUGUGUUUCUUCAUGUGGCAGCAUCACCAAUAUCAGCUACCCCUUCCGGCUUCCGGAUGAUCCAAGCCACUGCGGGAUGCCCCAGUACGAGCUGCUCUGCCAGCACAACCGCACCCUCGUAAACUACAGCAGCCAAAAUUUUCAAGUUGUAUCAAUCUCAUACCACAACCAAACCAUGAGACUGCUCGAUCCUGGUCUACGCAUCAACAACUGCUCUUCUUGGCCAAUCUCUUUAUCUUCAUCGGUGGAUAGAUAUGAUAUCAACUACAUCCCAUAUCCAAGUACAACUGUCGUCUCGUUCGUGAUUUGCCAGCAGCCAGUAAAUGAUGAUACGUCAUAUUUAACGACAAGCCCUUGCACUGUAGACUCCACCGAUGAGCACCACUAUGUUAGGCUUCAAGACACGUCCGUACCCGACUACAGACGGUUCUGUAGCUACUCUUAUAUUUUAGUGGAAGAAGAUUCUUCCAUUGAAGUCGGGGCUUCCUAUUUGGACAUCUGGUCCACUGCUUUAGUUCUUGGUUUUCAAGUUUCUUGGAAGGCUUUCCAGUGCCCCAUAUGUGAAGACGCUGGUGGAAGCUGCAUAUAUCUCGAGUCUUUUUAUGAUUAUGAUGAUUCAGACUGGUGUUAUAAUCCUUGCCACAGCGCAUUCCAAUCCAAGCACUGUUUCUUUAAUGACUUGAGAAGACUACUAAGAGAUAAUGCAUUGAAGUUCUUCGAAAUAGCAGGUCUUGUUUGGGCUAUUCGAGGUGCACCAGGAAUGUUGUGCCUACUCUCCUACUUGUUCUAUAAAUUGUGGAAGGAAUAUCUCAAAAAAAAUGAAAAGGUCCAGCUAUUUCUUGAAAAGUACAAGAAUCUAUGGAAGGAGUAUCUCAAAAGGCAUGAAAAGAUUGAUUUGUUUCUUCAAAAGUACAAGAAUCUAUGGAAGAAAUAUCUCAAAAAGAAUGAAAAGAUCGAGCUAUUUCUUGCAAAGUACAAGAAUCUAACUCCAACUAGGUACUCCUACAGCAGUAUCAAGAAGAUGACAAGAGGCUUCAAGUCAAAACUAGGACAAGGAGGAUUUGGAACUGUCUAUAAAGGUACACUCACUAAUGGUCACAUGGUUGCCGUGAAGAUGUUAGGCAAGUCGAGAGACAACAACGGCGAAGAAUUCAUCAACGAGGUUGCAACGAUCGGAAGGGUUCACCAUGUCAAUGUGGUCCGUCUCAUAGGCUUUUGCUACGAGGGAUCCAAAAGGGCACUAGUAUAUGAUUACAUGCAAAAUGGUUCUUUGGACAAGUACAUCUACACCAAGCGACAAGAACAAACUACAAUUAGUGCUCUUGGGCUAGAAAAAAUGUAUGACAUUGCUCUUGGAGUAGCUCGAGGGAUCGAGUAUCUGCACCGCGGUUGCGAAAUGCAGAUUCUUCAUUUUGACAUCAAGCCUCACAACAUUCUACUUGAUGCAAGUUUCACACCAAAGAUUUCAGACUUUGGAUUAGCAAAGCUCUACCCGGCUGGAAAGAGUGCGGUCUCAGUGUCUACUCCCAAAGGGACUUUUGGUUUCAUUGCGCCUGAACUGAUGUAUAGAAGCUUAGGACGCAUCUCCUAUAAGUCUGAUGUUUACAGCUUCGGAAGGAUGAUUUUGGAGAUCAUAGGGGCCAUCAAUGAACCACAAGUGGUUGCUAUUGAGGAACAGUCGAGUGAGUUCUACUUCCCUGCUUGGCUCUAUGAUCAGGUGCUGAAAGGUGAGGACAUAAUAAUUGAUGUUGAAAUAGAAGAAAUCGAAUCAGUGUUGGCGAAAAAGCUAGCAAUUGUAGGAUUGUGGUGCAUACAAAUAAAGCCAGACGAUCGGCCUUCUAUGCAUAAAGUUGUAGAGCUGUUGGAAGGGGGUUUGGAAGAUCUGGCAUUGCCACCGAAGCCUUCCCUUUUGUUUCCAUCAGAAAUUGAAAUGGUAGAGAUCACUGAGACCGAAAGCUCAGAGAGUUCAGAUAUGCUUGAACAUAGCUGCUCUAGUGACUACAUGAACGAUACACCUUUAGAUGUUUAAAUUUAGAGCAAGUAAAUAUAGAUAGAUGUUCUUUCAUGAUGUCAACGCAAUGUUUCGAUAUGUUUAAUUAGAUGUUGUUUCAGACAAGAAUGUUGUUCAAUAAAGAAUCCAACAUGAGCAAGGGUUUGAGAAGAGAGAUG